AUGGUGGAAAGUAGCGAAGGAAAGAAGUUUGUAAUUAUUGGCAGCGGUCCAACGGCAUUGGGUGCUGCCUAUAGACUCCACGAGCUUAUUCAUGAAGGUAGUCUACCUGAAUCCACACAGGUUACCGUACUCGAGAAGGAGAUUGAAGUAGGCGGUUUAGCCCGUUCAGUCACUGAUCGACGAGGCUUUACAUGGGAUCUUGGUGUACAUGUAACAGGUUAUUCAAAAUAUCCGAAAUUCACGCACCUCAUCAAUCGAGCUGUACGUCACUGGAAUAACGUGCCACGAUGUGUCAAG